AUGGAAAAUUAUAUGCAGUUUGUUCCUAGUCUCUCGAGCACACUAAAUGCUGUACUUGUACCAACAGACUCGAACACAUCUGAAAUAGAUGAGUUUAGUAAUAAAACAUAUUCAACAUUGACAAAUCCUUCAACAUCUACAAUUGCCUUGCCGAGCUCUACAUCAUAUUCUCAUACUAAAGAAAGGAGGACUAUUGAAUGGUCGACAGAAACCCUGCUUGAUCUAUUACAUACCACAAAUGAUGGUAGGUGUAUAUUUGCUGAUGCUAGAUUAAAUAAUGGUAACCUGUCUGAUGAAGCUCAAAACUCACUAACAAAACUGAUUAUCAAUCAUUUAUUUCAAGAACAGAACAGGGGAAGCGAUAUUUAUUUCCAUAAAAUAGCAGAUCUAAUAGUUGAAAUUUUUCCAAAAGAAAUAAAGAGUAUAUACUUUAUACCUGCAAGGCAUGAAGGAACUAGCCAAACCCAUAGUAAAGGAAAACUUGUAGAAAGAUGGAAGAAUGUGGCUAGAAAACUCAGAAGUUUAGGUGCCAUUGACUACGAAAGAGGAAAAAAAGAAAAUAUAAAUAUCCCAACAUCAUCACAUCAAUCUUUUUCUGAAGAAGUUGAAUGUACAAAAUUAUGGUUAAAAAAUGAUGGAUUAUCAGCCCCAUUUGAUGAUAUUUUAAUAAAUAAGUGGAUACUUACAUAUGAAAUUCGCAAGGCGGAUGUUUUUGGACCAUGCUCACGUAAUUUAUCUUCUGUUUUUGAGUUAUGGCCAUUAAUUUGUAGUCCAAAGGGGUAUUUAUUGGUUGCUGAAGAUUUUAAAAUAGGCUAUCCUGAUACUAUACAAUUAUUUGAAGACUGGAAUGUUUUUAUUAAGACUUGGUCAGAUUUUACAAAAUUAUUGGUUACCUUGAGAAGAGGAUCUAUUAAAGAUAAACAUGCUCGUUCACUUCUUAUGCAAUUAGAUGCUUCAGAUGUAAAUGGAAAUUUCAUGAUAUCUGAAAUUAUCAAACUUUUAUUAUUGCCAUAUUUGAUUCCAACGAAGACACAAAUAAAAAACUCCUCUGCUAAUACUUCUAACAAAACCAAAUUUUGGAAACCAUCUUUGGAAGAAUCAGCUGCUGCUUUCAUUUGUCACGUUACGAAUCUUAUUGAACUUAAUGAAGAAAUUCUUAAAAGGCGCAAAAAGUAUUCUCAAUUUGGAGCAACCAUACAGCCUUAUUUGAUAUUAGUUGGCAAUGAUAUAUAUUCAAUAAAUACAUGCUAUGUGAGAGUGAAUGAACAACUAUGGGCUUUUGAAUGCCCACUCAAAGCUUUGGACGCCUGCUUCAAAAUAUAUUUUGCAUUAAAUUGUGCGUAUUCAAAAGAAUGCUAUGAGACAUGGAUGAUAAUACAACUUCUAGUUUAUAAGAUCAAAACACCGUUUGACAAACCAACAGCAAUUAUUAACACUAUACUAAAUAAAUUUUCAAAUGUAUAA